AUGGCCACGCUUGACGAAGAGGACGAUAUUCCACAACUAUCUGCAGGCGCCCUUGAUGCACUGAAGGAAUUUUACGGGGAAAGAGAUGCGCAUCAGAAACAGUUCGAGGACCUGAAGUGCCAGGCAGAGAACGAGUUUGGAAAUGACCAACCGCUCUCUAUGAACGCUUUUACCGAAGACUGGAAUGCUAGUCAGUUUUGGUAUAGUGACGAAACAGCCACACUGCUGGCUAGACAACUGCUCGACGGCGCCAGCAAUCACUCGUGCAUUGCUGUUGUGUCAGCCCCCAGCGUCUUCAUACAGCUCAAAAAUCUCCUAGUUUCCUCAAACUAUGCUGUCAGGCCUCAAGUAUCCUUGCUAGAAUUCGACGAACGAUUUGCGGUGUUCAAAGAGUUCGUAGCUUACGAUUUCGAGCAUCCCGUUCGACUGCCGGCCGACUUGAAAGGAAAGUUCGACCGUAUUAUCUGUGAUCCUCCAUUUUUGAGCCCUGACUGUCAGACCAAAGCUGCUCUGACAGUGCGAUGGCUUUCGAAAGCCCCGAGCCCAGUGACGGAGACAUCACCGUCAGCAGAUUCUCAACCUCAGGACAAUCUGCGGCUGAUCGUAUGCACCGGCGAGCGGAUGGAAUCCUUGGUCACUAAAUUGUAUGGCAAAGCUGGAUUGCGCACCACCACAUUCGAGCCAAAGCAUUCCAAGGGCCUAAGCAACGAGUUUCGCUGCUACGCCAACUUCGAGUCGGAUGCACGGACCUGGACGUAUUGA